AUGGCUGCCCCCGAGCACAAUAGCAUGCUCUGGUACGAGCAACCGGCAGAGGUAUGGACCGAGGCUCUUCCCAUCGGCAAUGGCAGGCUCGGGGCCAUGAUAAAAGGCAGCCUCGACGUGGACAGACUGUGGAUGAAUGAAGAUUCUGUCUGGUACGGCGGCCCGCAGAACCGGGUCAACCCUCUAGCAAAGGCCAGCCUCCCCGAAGUCCGGAGACUGCUCGACCUCAACCACGUCCAGGAAGCGCAAGAGUUGCUCAAGCGCACCUUUACCGGAUUGCCUGCGAGUCUCCGACAUUACGCGCCGUUGGGUGACGUCUUUAUGACCUUUGGGCAUGGGAGUGCCAGCGACAACAAGGAUUUUAGCGGAAUCUCGGACCAGACCAAGCGAGCCGUCAGGCCAGUGGUGGAGAAUUAUACGCGUAGCCUGGAUCUGACGACCGGCAUUGCGAGCGUGAGUUACACCUUUGAUGGGGCUGAAUAUCUGCGCGAAUACUUUGCCAGUACAGCGGACGAAGUUGGGGCUGUGCGCAUCUCCUCGAACCGCCCAGGAUCUCUUCGAUUCCAACUCAGAAUCAAUCGUGGCAGCAACGAGAAUCCGAUGCUGGAGCAUAACUGUCUCUACGACAGCCUGAAGAAUAUCUCUGAUGUUCUCAUUUUGGAAGCAAAUCUGGGAGGCCCAACUGCUGUGUGGGCAGCCAUGGGCGUCAAAGUUGUCAUUGAGGGGGAAAUGGGCCAGUGCCUUCCCGGCGAGGAGCUGCAUAUCUCAGGAGACUCGGUCGUUGUGCUCAUCGCGGGCGAAACGACAUUCAGAAACAUAGACGCCGGUCAAGCCGUGGUGGAUCGACUUGAGAAGGCGGUAAAGUAUUCGUGGCAAGAGCUGCGCGAGAGGCAUGUGCAGCGCUACUCAUCACUCUACUCGAGGACGUCGCUUAGCAUUGGAGAGGACAAUCCCCAGCUAAGAGCGAUCCCCACAGACAAGAGACUCGCUCGCUUCAAGCAGGGUGGAGUGGACAACGACUUGAUUGCACUGAUGUUCUCGUUUGGUCGGUUUCUGCUCAUUGCGUCUUCGCUCUCCGGCCUCCCCGCAACGCUGCAAGGAAUAUGGAACCAUAGCCAUCAGCCAAUCUGGGGUGCCAAGUACACCAUCAACAUCAACAUUGAAAUGAACUACUGGCUGGCCGAAGUCGCCAAUCUGUCAGAAUGUCACUUGGUGCUCUUUAACCACAUCCAGCGCAUGGCCGAACGAGGCAGGCAGGUGGCCCAGGACAUGUAUGGCUGCAGAGGGUUCGUUGCGCACCACAACACCGACAUCUGGGGUGACUGUGCUCCUCAAGACCGGUACGUCCUGGCCACGUACUGGGUGUUGGGCGGAGCGUGGUUGUGCACCCAUCUCUGGGAACACUACCUCUUCACGCACGACCAGGAGUUUCUGAAGAGGCGGCCUUGUUCUUUGAAGAUUUCCUCAUCGAGAGGGAACGGUGUCCGGGUUGUCUCACCAUCAGUCUCGGCCGAGAACUCGUACAUCAUCCCGGGCUCCAGGGAGACUGGCGCCGUCUGUGCAGGAGCCAAAUGGGACGCUCAGAUCCUUUACGAGCUGUUCACCGGCUGUGCUGAGGCGAGCAAGAUCCUCGGCCAGUCCCCAGAAAGGUACCUCAAGGUCCUGUCCCGGCUCCCUCAGCCGAAGAUUGGCAAGCAUGGCGAACUGCUCGAAUGGAUGGAAGACGUGGAGGAGGUUGAACCGGGCCACCGACAUAUCUCGCAUGCCUUUGGUCUCUACCCAGGCCGCAGCCUCCUGUCGGAGGAGCACAAGUCAGCUCUUCGAGUCACCCUGCAGCGACGCCUGGCAAGCGGAGGUGCGCACACUGGAUGGAGCGCCGCGUGGAUACUGGCACUCUAUGCUCGUCUCCGAGAUCCGGCACAGACACAAUCCAUUAUCCAGAAAUUUCUGCAACACUCGACCCUUCCCAACCUCUUUGGCGACCACCCGCCAUUCCAGAUCGACGGCAACUUUGGCAUCGCGGCAGGCAUUGCCGAGAUGUUGAUACAGAGCCUCGAAGACGGCUAUGUUGAUCUCCUCCCUUGCUUAUCGCGCGAGUGGGAGGACGUCGGGCGGGUCACGGGGGUUUGUGCCCGCGGCGGCAUCGUGGUGGACAUGGAAUGGAAGAAGGGGCAGCUUGUCUCGGCACGUUUCACCGGCAGGCGCAAGAUACAGUUUGUCGCGCGCAUUGACUCGAAGAGAUUGGAGAAUGGGUCUGGUCAGACUACUCUUCAGCUGGAUGAAGGCGAGAGCAAGAUUCUCACGGGCUUUUGGCCCAGUUAG